AUGUUGAGAUCUAAAGAAAACAAAGAAGCUGAGAUAUACGACUGUUUAAGUAGAGAUGGUACGUCUAAUCUUAAAUACACAAGACUCUUUCAUUAUUAAUGAUAUGGAAAAUUUGGGUCCAUGGCAUAAAUAUGGAGGUAGCAUACAUUAAGAACUUUAAAGAAUCUCCUCAUUGUAAUUAUGCAAAUCAGUCUCUGAACAUCAUACUGACAAGAUAAUAAAUUCCACCAGACAAAUAGCAUAAAUGCAAUCAGGUAGAAGGUUAUCAUAAGAAACCAUUAAACAAACAUAAUUUCCAUUAGAUGAAAAAAUUAUGAAAUCAACAUCAAUUCAUAAUGAAUCAAAAAGCAGAACAUAAUUAAUGAAAUAACUCAGAUCUCCUAAGCCUAAAGAUAGUUCUCUAAUUACAACAAAAUAAGAAGAAACCUAAACUAUUAAUAUUAAAGCAGAAAAAACAAAUGUUGGAUUCUUUGUUCAGUGUUAUCCUAACAGAAAUAAAUUUGAAAGGUCUAAAUUAUCAAAUUUCUAGAGUUCUAAGGAAUAUUUUGAAGUAAAUUAAUGUUUAUUAUUUAAGAGAAAAUAGCAUUGAAAAUGAUGUAUGGUUUAAAUAGAGAUUAAAAUAUUGAGACAAUACAAAUUGGUAAUUCAAAUUAAUAAUUUAUAAAAUAAUAAGAAUAACAAGAAAGAACUUCAUAAUCAAGAGUAGGUCCUUAGACAGUGGGCAGAAAUUAUUUUUAUAAAAAAGAAUUAAAAUUUCAUAGUAAUAAUACAUCUCAAAUUAAUCUAAACAAAACAAUUAAUAAUUCUAUUAAUUCUAUAUUAAAUCAACAAUAAAAUAUUGCUAAAUAAAGAAUUCCAUUUAAUAAACUUAUUAAUAAAAAAACUGUUAUUUCAUUUGCAUCCCAAAAUCAAUUAUUGGAAAAAUAAUACUAAUAAUCUUAAAAAUAAAAUAAAAAAAUUUAAAGAAUGGUUAGCAGUUGA